AGAAAAACGAGGUGUCGAUGUAUUUGUAAUAAAGUAUUAACCCGAGUCGCCUUCUUAAUUUUGUUUGCUACAAGCUUGACUGGACGGAUUUUUGGUCUAUUUGGCAAGUUUUUACAGACGUUGGGAAGACAAGACGGUGUCAAACAAGAGUGGCUUAUCGAAGACAUCAUAGGCAACUGGUGGAGACCCAACUUUGAACCGCCUCAGUAUCCCUACAUUCCAUCGCAUAUUACUAAGCCCAAGGAACAUAAACGUCUCUUUUUAGUACAACUUCAAGAGAAGGCUUUAUUUGCUGUUCCUAAAAACUACAAGUUAGUAGCAGCACCAGUGUUUGAAUUGUAUGACAAUUCUCAAGGAUAUGGACCUAUAAUUUCUUCGCUUCCUCAAGCCUUAUGCAGGUUUCAAUUCAUCUACAUGUGAAAAAAAUGAAUCUUUGGAGGAAAGUCGAAAGAAAAGAAGAUAUAUCAAUUGAUUUCAAGGUAUUUUAAAAGUGAAUGAUCGCUGACAAUUAUUGAGACUUUAUUUUAGAGUUAGUUUGAUGUGUAUAUAAUAAAAAAGAUCUAAUUACGUAUUUUUCCGGAUAAACCAAGUAAUUGCUAGGCUCUGAUUCUGAUUAAAAAAAGAAAGUAAUGAUAAUAAAGUAGCGUUAAGAUUAAAAGUGAGUAGUUUCUAAUAUAUUUAUUGUAAUUAGUAUUAAGAAUCAGUUCAGUUUUUCGACAUUUUUUUUAUCGUUCAAAACAGCGGAAUAAACUACAGGGUGCGUUUUGUUAAUUAUUGCACUUUGAAUUUCGUGACAUUUAUAUGUUACUUUUAUAAUACAAAAAAAAUACACAUUACUGUAUUUAAAA